CAAAACAAAACAAAACAAGCAAAGCAAAAACUGCCGUAUAAAUCUAACGCCGAGCAUUUUUCCCAUAAUUUUACAAAAAUAAAAAAUGAAAAUUUCCAUUUGGGGGGUCUUUCUUAGCUUUUGGUUCGUUGCUUUCUAUCUCCUCUCAGCAGGAAUUCCCAUGUGAUCCUCCAGAAUUUCGAUUAUACCGAGAUUGAGAGAGAUUUGGUGUAUUCAGGCUUAUAAUUUCUUUGAUAUAUACUGAUUGCAUCUUAAGCAUUUCUCUUCAAAAAGUACAUUGAGUAUUUUCCUUCAUUGAAAUUCGGUGUCUUUCCUCAUCUCAAAUAAUCAACAGAUGAGGAGGGGAGUGAGAACUGGCUCAACGUGCAGUGGUACUGGUAACCGACAUGUCCGUGUUAAAAAUAUGGAAUCUGAGGAUUCAGAUGAGGACUAUGUGGCUGAAGUAGAUGAAAUAGAUGAUCAAUCUGAUGAAUUGGACUCCUUGGUUGGAGAUGGUUCAGAGGAAGGGAGUUUCUUUGAGGCGCCUGAGGAAGAGGAAGAGGAAAAUGAGGGAGGAUGGAGAAGAGUGAUUAAGCCAAAGGUUAAGAAGAGAUCUACAAGGAAUAGAGGAAAUGUCAUAAAAAGGCCAAAGAAGAGAAAGAGAGUUGUUAGGUCUGACGAUGAAGAAGAAUCUGAUGAUGAUAACGAUGAGGAGUUUACACCAGAGGAAGAAUAUUUAGAGGAGGAGGAGGAGGAUGAGGAUGAAGAUGAGGAGGAGGAGGAAGAGGAGUUCUUGAUGUUGAAGACAAACACCAGGAAAAGAGGGAGGUCCACAUCGAAAACGAGAGCUUCUGUAAAAAGCCGGAAAAAAGGAAGUACAAAGGUUGUGAGGAAACCUCGUUCAAAGAAACGUACAAAGACAAGCAGCUUGAGGACGAGGAGGAGGGUGAAGUCGGAUGGUGAUGAGGACUUUAGUGAUAAGGGUCCGACAUCGAGAGGUAGGAGCAGCAUGAGGAAACCUGUGCGUGGAAAGAAAAGGGCGACAACUGGGUCAGAUUCCGAUUUUUGUGCUGAAUUAUCCGACUAUGAGUUCACUAUAUCUGAGGAAGAACGAGAACAAAUCAGAGAAGCUAAUAAGUUUUGUGGAAGCCUGGCUCCGAACUUGAGGAGUUCAAGGAGAAUCCAUAAAGAUGAAGCUUUUUAUGAGCCGAAAAAACCUCCUGCCAGGAAAGGCAAAGGCAAAGUCAAGGCAGAGGAGAAAAAGAAUGAUGUCAGCAUUCCUGUUUGCGGUAUUUGUUUGACAGAAGAAGGAAAGAAUAUUGUCCGCGGGACACUAAACUGUUGUAGCCACUAUUUCUGUUUUGCUUGCAUUUUCGAAUGGUCAAAAGUGGAAACUCGUUGUCCAUUGUGCAAGCAGAGGUUUGUUUCAAUCAGUAAGCCUGGAAGAUGUGGUAAAGGGUUUGAUCUAAGGGAUACGGUGAUGCCAGUUCCAGAGCGUGAUCAGGUCUAUCAACCUUCUGAAGAGGAACUACGUGACUUUCUAAAUCCCUAUGAAAAUGUCAUUUGCACGGAGUGCCAUCAAGGUGGGGAUGAUGCCCUCAUGCUACUAUGCGAUCUAUGUGAUUCACCGGCACACACAUACUGCGUUGGUCUUGGACGGGAAGUACCUGAUGGCAAUUGGUAUUGUGAUGGUUGCAGACCAGCUGCUCUUUUGUCUUCACAUUCUCAAACUCAGGAUCUCACUCCUGAUCAAAGAACAAGUACCGGUGUUUCUGAUGGAACAUCUACAUACGAGAACAUGGCAGAAAUAGACCUUAACGUGUCAAUUCCAGAAACACAAGUUAGUCAAGGAAAUGGGUUCCUUUCUUCUCCGAGAUUUACCGGUGGAAGUUUUCAGGCACCUUCACCUGUUUCUGGGAUGGGGGUAUCAACUGUUUCAGGAAGACGAUUGAUACAUCGUCAAAUCCGAAAUAUUCUUACUACCAGAUUGAGUCAAAUAUCCCCUGGGCCUGGUAUAAGCGGUUUGGGAAAUCUAAUUGGUCAUGGGGUUAAUUUAACACAGCAACAGAGUAGAACAACAAUAGAUGUAGGGCCCUCGUUUAAUUCUUCGUAUGUAGAUAGAUUGCAGGAAAGACAUUCUAGUAGUGUACAAAAUAGGGAUUCUUUUCCUGGAAGAUUGGGCCACAUGAUGAGACAGAUAGGUCAUCCCUCAACUUCUGCAAAUGGAACAGACCAUAGCCAAGUAAAUUGGAGUGGGCUAGACAGGUUGAAUUUGGGUGAAGGUCAGAGUCAGAUAUUUGCGGGUGAACAACUUCGCCCUUGCACUGGUAGAUCAAGCAUAGUGCCUGAAAUUGGUGUUCCUCACUCACAUAACAGGUAUGCGGAACAUGCAGGUUUUGUGAAACAAGAAGUGCAAUCAAUGGUGAGGAACCAACUGAGGAUCUUUUCCCAAGAAAUAAACUUAGGUAAUAACGAUUAUGUAGAAAUUUCAAGGAGAUCUGUGCACACCGUUAUGGCGGCAUGUGGGCUAGAACCUCGAAGACAUGACACGUAUGAAGCACAGCCGCCAAUUUGUCUCCAUCUGGAGAGUAGGUUGAUCAAUGUAGAAACCAGUCCUAGUCCUAUUAAUGUUUGUUGCAUAGCUUGUUUAGAGGGCUUUGUGAAAGAUGUUGUGAAGAUGAUCAUGGAUACAGUACUACAACCUCACUGGUUUGGUUUUAGACAUUGAUUCUUAGAUACAUGGCAACAUUUUUUAACAUCAUUUUCUUACCCUCAACCGAUGUUUCUCUUUUUAGCAUAGGGAUAGGAUGCUUAUUUUAUUGACAAUGUAGGAACAAUUGUGACUAAUUACAUCAAGAAUUUCCUUAUACAUAAAAAAAAAAAGCACAUGAAAAAUCCAAAUGUUACGGUA